AUGGACAGGCCCCGGGCCCUGGGCCUGCUCUUGGCGCUGCUGACUCUCUGCAUCACUGCUGGGACUCCUGAGGUGUGGGUGCAGGUUCAGAUGGAGGCCACCGAGUCCCCGUCCUUCACUGUCCGCUGUGGAUUCCUGGGAUCUGGCUCUGUCUCCCUGGUGACUGUAAGCUACGGGGGCCCCGAUGGUGCCGGAGGGAGCACGCUGGCUGUGUUGCACCCAAAGUUCGGCACCCAGCACUGGAACCCUGCCUGCCGGGCCCACUGGGAAACCAGAACCAGCAUCUCCCUCACCUUGGAAGAGUCCGAGGGGAGAAGCUCCAGUUCCAACACCACCUUCUGCUGCAAGUUUACUUCCUUCCCCGAGGGCUCCCAGGAGGCCUGUGGGAACAUCUCCCUCAGCCCAGACCAAGGCCUCCCUGCUCCUACUCCAGCCACCAUGCUGCGAGCUGACCUGGCUGGGAUCUUGGGGGUUUCGGGGGUCCUUCUCUUUGGCUGUGUCUACCUCUUCUACCUCCUGCGUCGGCAAAGGCACUGGUCUGUCAUGAAGCUUCAGCCACCCAGCCACAGCAGCCCCCAGACACAGAGGAGAGCAAGUGCAGCCGGCCAAGCCUCCCUGACCUCUCUCCACAUCCCCUAUGCCACCAUCAACACCAGCUACUUCAGCCCGGCAACUCUGCACCGGGUCCUCCCACCCCAGCCCCUACCCAGGUGGGCGCCGCUCCCCAGCCAGAGCCCCGUCCCCUGGGCACCCCUGCCGGCCUCCACUCGCAGCAGCUUCAUCUCUGUUGAGAACCGACUCUACGCUCAAGCAGAAAAGGGGCCUCUCCACGCCGGCACCGACCUCAUCCCGCUCCCGGACUGUCUGGGGCGCAGAGCCAUGGAGGGGCGUUAG